AGCUGAUAUACCGAGACAAACAACCUUGUCCUUGAUUUUGUAUGGGUGAGGAUGAAGAUUAGCUUCCGGCCAACUAUAUAAAUUUAAGGUUAUUUAAAUGCAGAUAACUGAAAUCCGUAAACUGAAACAAGCAAAAAAAAUAACAGGAAUAACAUUAAAAAUCAGACAUGUAGUUAGCUCUCCUACUCCCAACUACAUUCCAUUAAAACAAGAGAGAAACUCAAACCUACCAAUUUAAUACCCAAUUAAGUUUCUCACUUAUAACACAAAAUGAUAUAUCUAUAAAAACGCGAAAUGGGUUUUGUAUGAACUGAUUUUACUCUAUAUCUCUGAUUUGAUUCAUUAUCAUUAUCUUUGUGUGAGGAAGAAUCUGUUAGAGAGAAAAGAAGGGUUUUUUUUGUCUCGGUGAUUUAAGAAGUGGGUUUCUCCUGUCUCUCUUAGUAGACUUUGAGAGAUGAAGGUGAGUGUUGUUUCCCGAAGUGGUAGAGAAAUUGUCAAAGGUGGGAUUGAGCUCAACGAUUCAGCUACUGUGAGUGACCUCCAAGAGGCUAUUCAUCGUCGAACCAAAAAGUAUUACCCUUCUCGUCAGCGCCUCACUCUCCCACUCGAACCUGGUGCCAAGGGGAAACCUAUUGUACUAGACUAUAAGAAAACUAUCCAAGAUUAUUGUGAUGGAAAUUCGAACAGCAUAACUGUGGUGUUCAAGGAUCUCGGCGCACAAGUUUAUUAUAGUACCCUUUUCUUCUGGGAGUACUUUGGCCCUCUGAUCAUCUAUCCAAUCUUUUAUUACUUUGAUCUGUACCAGUACUUAGGGUUCAAAGGAGAACGUGUAAUCCACCCAGUCCAAACCUAUGCCAUGUACUGCUGGUGCUUUCAUUACUUCAAGCGUAUAAUGGAGACAUUUUUUGUCCAUAGAUUUAGCCAUGCAACUUCUCCGCUCUCCAACGUGUUCCGUAACUGUGCUUAUUACUGGUCAUUCGGUUCAUACAUUGCUUACUAUGUAAACCAUCCACUUUAUACUCCAGUGAGUGAUCUGCAAAUGAAGAUUGGAUUUGGGUUUGCCUUGGUUUGCCAGCUUUCAAACUUCUAUUGUCAUAUUCUGCUGAGAAACCUUAGGAGUCCUGACGGGAAGGGAGGGUAUCAAAUCCCACAUGGAUUUUUGUUCAAUCUAGUUACAUGUGCAAAUUACACCACUGAAAUAUACCAGUGGAUAGGCUUCAAUAUCGCAACACAAACCGUUGCAGGUUAUGUUUUUGCUGCUGCAGCUGCUUUUAUCAUGACUAAUUGGGCUCUUGCAAAGCACCGGCGUCUAAAGAAGCUAUUUGAUGGAAAGGAAGGCAGGGCUAAGUACCCCCGCAGAUGGGUUAUACUUCCUCCAUUCAUCUAAAGAAGUCUACUAUAAAUCACCUGUUGCCGAACCCUGCUUUUUAAUACAUUGAUUCGCAGCAGAGGCGAUAACAUUAAAUUAUUUUAUUUUCAUGAACUUCGAAGCUUCCCUUCGUUUUUUUAUGUGUGUUUACUAGCUGUAUUGACAAUCUGUGUUGAAUCUAUGCUGUGCUCUCUCUUGAUUAUCAUCCUGUACUGUUGUUUGUCUCAGUGAACUAGCUAUUUUCUUUGAUUUUUGUCUUAAAAGAUUUUAUAGAAUGCUUUCCCGUUUAUUUUGUCA